AUGGCUCAACCAGAGGUGUCAGUUUCCGGCGUGUCUGUAUCGGCGAGAAUUCCUGAAUUUUGGACGGAUUUGCCGCGACACUGGUUCAUACAGGCGGAGGCAGUGCUACACCCGCAGAAGAUGUCUGACGAGGCGAAAUUUCAGUUUGUCAUAUCGAAAUUAGGAAAAGACGUCAUACAACAAGUGACAGACAUAUUAGUCAAACAGCCGGAAAAUGGUAAAUAUGAUACAUUAAAAACAAGAUUACUUGACAUUUAUGAGGAGUCAGAAAAUAGAAAGGUACAAAAAUUGAUAUCUGAAAUGGAGCUUGGCGACCAGAAGCCAUCGCAGUUGCUGAGGAAAAUGCAAGAGCUGGCAAGUGGCAAAGUACAGAUGAAACCCUUACCAUCCUUUGGCAAAACCAUUUGCCGGGAUGGAAUGGCAGACAAGGUGACAGAAAAUGCAAUGCCUAUACAGGGGGUGGCCGCAGUACGGAGUGCAAGGAGUGAUUCUCCAGAUGUAAUAGCGGAGAUCCACAAGCUGGGCGAACGACUAAGAAAAAUUGAAAAUUCCCAGCGCAGCUCAGGAUUGGAAGUCCCUAUAAAAGGCCACGUCCUGAAAUGGACGACCAUCGGCUGA